AUGCCCGCUACUUCGUCCAUCAUCUCUGAUCCAGCUGCAAAAUCGUCGACCGAUACGGUCGCCCAAGACGACCCAGACGCGCCAGGUGCUCCGAUCUCCGUACCAGACUCAGGGGACCAUGAAGGAGGAAAGUUGAAGAUGAUUAUUCAACUCGUCAAGCGCUCCUUGGGUGUCAAGGACCUCGCAGCUAUGCGAAUCUCACUCCCCGCGUCUCUUAUGGAGCCCGUGCCCAACUUAGAGUACUGGGGUUAUCUGGACAGACCCGAUUUAUUCGCCGCCAUCAACGAGCACGAGGAUCCCCUGGAGCGAAUGCUGAGCGUCCUCCGUUUUACAUUUAGCAAGGAUCUCAAGUUUAUUAAAGGCAAAGUGUGCAAGCCGUACAACAGUGUUCUCGGUGAACACUUUAGAGCCUAUUAUGAUGUCCCUAUAAAUGCCAUCACGUUUAAAAGCAAGGAUUCCAGGCAGCCUCCGGAAUUCAGUUGGCAUUUGGACGAUAGCGAUCAGCCUGAUUCGCAUAUCACAACCCUCUCGACACCAGCCAUCCGUGUCAAGUCGCCCUCGAGUGCGAGUCUUAGCGUCAAGAGUAUCAAGGCUCCGAAUAUGCUCAGUGAUCACCAUUAUGCCGAGAGCUCGCCAAACCUGCCUCAGCGACCAGCAUCUAGUGCCGAAUCUAGCUAUGCUGCAUCUACUAUUGAUGGAGAUGACACUCCGGACACCCAACCAUCGAGUCACACUCGUGUUCUUUUCCUGACGGAACAAGUUUCUCAUCACCCUCCCAUCUCCAGCUUCAAGAUAGCCUGCCCUGACAAGGGUGUCGAAGCGUGUGGUGUAGAUCAGAUUGCGGCAAGGGUUACAGGCACUGCCCUCAAAGUCCACCCUGGAACCCAUAAUAAGGGAAUAUUUGUCAACAUCACCAAAGGGCACGGCGAGGGAGAAACUUAUUGGAUCACCCACCCGACCGCAUGUGUCAAUGGAAUUCUUCGGGGAUCUUUUUAUGCUACUAUCACUGAUUCGACGAUAAUUACCUGCACUGGUGGAAAGGGUGAUCAGUUGAGAGCGAUAAUUGAAUACAAGGAGGAGCCUUGGCUUGGAGCGCCGAGAUUCUUAGUAGAGGGCGUGAUCUACAAAUACACUCCUGGACCCGAGCAAGAGGCUUGGACCAAAGUCAAGCAGGUCCCAAAGGAUCUAGUCGUGGCAACAUUUGAUGGAUGUUGGCGAAAGUCGAUCAAUUGGAAGAAAAAUGGAGGAGACGAAUCAACACUAUUGAUCGACCUCAGUGCAUUGUCAGUCGUGCCCAAGCAAGUCCGACCAAUCGAAGAACAACUUCCAAACGAGUCUCGAAGACUUUGGGAAGGCGUGACCUCUAAUCUGCUCUCCAAGGAGUUCUCGGAGGCGACCAAGAUCAAGCAAGCGAUAGAGCAGAAACAGCGGGACAUUGCGGCCGAGAGGAAAAGGAACAAUACACCCUUUGAACCGGUCUACUUUGACCCCGAUAUUUCCUCUGGCGCGCCUCAAUUGACAGCAGAAGGUCAAAAGGCUCUCGAAGAGAUGAUAAAGUACACGAUGCCAAAGCACCAUGCGGCCUAG